AUGCUGAAUCAUGGUGACUUCCAGCAUCUGACCUCGUUCGAAUGGGAAGCUUUGCGUCGCCUAGCGGACGUGGCCGGUAUAACUACCGUUGUGGCCAAGCUUAAGGACAUGCCUGAGCGGCUACAGCGUGUGGUCAUCACCAAGACUUUUGUCAACCGCGAACUUGCUGAUUUGCGUCGACGAGCCUCAACUCCCGCGGUUGACACCGGGUCUGAUGUCUUCAAUCUUGUCUCGUGCUAUAGCGGCGAGGGAAUGAAGCGCCUCGCGCUUAUGUGGUGA